AUGAGCCUCAGCGGCAAGUUGAAGCCAGCUGCGAGGGUGUCUGGCCGGCGGCAGGAUGUCUGGUCCAUUGUCAACGAGGCCGCUGCCGCCUCGCCAAAACAACCCAUCGUCAACAUGGGCCAGGGCUUCUUCGGCUACAACCCCCCCAACUUCAUCCUAGACGCCGCCAAACAGGCCCUAGACCGUGUCGAGUGCAACCAGUACAGCCCGACCAAGGGACGUCCCCGCCUGAAGAAGGCCAUCGCCGACGCCUAUUCUCCCUUCUGGGGCCGUCAGCUCGACCCGGAGACUGAGGUCACUAUCACCACAGGCGCCAAUGAGGGCAUGUUGAGCGCCUUCAUGGCCUUUAUCGAACCCGGUGAUGAGGUCAUCAUCUUUGAGCCUUUCUUCGACCAGUACAUCAGCAACAUCGAAAUGCCCGGCGGCAAGAUCGUUUACGUGCCCCUUCAUCCUCCGGCCGACGGCGGCGACAAGACCUCAUCCGCCGCGGAGUGGAAGAUUGACUUUGACGAGCUCGAGCGUGCCAUUACGCCCAAGACCAAGAUGAUCGUCAUCAACACACCCCACAACCCCGUCGGCAAAGUAUUUUCCAAGGACGAACUUUUGAGGAUCGGCGACCUGUGUGUUAAGAACGAGAUCAUUAUUCUCUCCGAUGAAGUGUACGACCGGCUCUAUUAUGUGCCGUUCACCCGCAUCGCCACCCUGUCCCCGGAGAUUGAGCGGUUGACGAUCACGGUGGGAUCGGCUGGCAAGAACUUUUAUGCCACGGGCUGGCGUGUCGGUUGGCUCAUGGGUCCCGCUGAGCUUAUCCAGUAUGUUGCCGCCGCACAUACGCGCAUCUGUUACUCCUCCGUGUCGCCCUUGCAGGAAGCCUGCGCCGUUGGCUUUGAGCAAGCCGACAAGUUCGGUUUCUGGGACGAGUCGGUGAAAGAGAUGAAAGGCAAGAUUGAUCGGUUCAACGAAAUAUGGCACGAGCUCGGCCUCCCUUACUCCGAACCCCAGGGCGGCUACUUCGUGCUCGUCAACAUGAAGAAGGUCAAGCUACCCGAGGACUACCCUUACCCUCCGCACGUCGCCAGCCGGCCGCGCGACUUCAAGCUCACUUGGUUCCUGAUCCAGGAGGUAGGCGUGGCGGUCGUCCCGCCUACCGAGUUCUACACCGACCAGAAUGCGCAUAUCGCGGAGGACUAUAUUCGGUUUGCCGUCUGCAAGCCGGACGAUGUUCUCGAGACAGCCAAAGAGCGGCUGCGGGGGUUGAAGCAAUAUAUCCAGGAGGAGGGGAGGAGAGAGUAG